GUCGAAGCACUUCGCUGCCAUCUCGCUCGAAUGACCCAUUCCUGUCUGCAAAACUCCGCUGGGAGAAUUUGAGCGAGAAUUGCCUGGUUUUCACCAGAGUCUGAAAUCGGGCCAUCCUACUCGUGGUUCUUUUUUUCGUCUCCGGGGCUAGUGGGCAGAUUUCGGGGGGCGAAGUUACGCGCAGCUGAGGUCUAGCGUAAUUGAUCGCUUGCAGACACACCCUUCUUCCAGGCAGACAUGUCUCAAUUGCGUCAGUAGUAAUGAAUUCGCACCUGCCGUGCUCGCAGUAUCAGCCACGGCUCAAGCAUCAAUCGCGGGACAGCCUAUUGCCUUAGCACGGAUUUUCGGCAUUUGUCGACGCCAUGUCCUCGUACAAGUCCACUCGAGGCCAGGCACGGAGGCAGCUGCUUCCAGACAUCUCCCUUCUGGCAGCUCCAGCUCUCAAGGCGUCCUCGCUGAAUCCUCCACUUGCCGUGCUACCUGAGGCUGCAGCAGCAAGCAGCAGGAAGCGUAGCGACCUAGCGGUGGCAGUACCGCCUCGCACGUCCUUCUCAUCUUUCUGGUCGCAACUUUCUCCCCUACCUGCUACCGCAUGUCCGACUGCAGAGCCUGGAGGUGACGCUGCUGAUCAACCUACUGGCCAAAUAACGGAUUCACAUGCUGAGAGUGUCAGCUCCGGUGAACAGUAUCAGUCGGACGAGAGCAGUGAGAUGGUGACGCCGACAUUGACAAUAAGUGGUUCGUGGCAAGUGUUUCCUCUGUCGGUGCCAUCUGCAACCUUAUCAUCAUCCUUGUCGCCAUCCUCCUCUUCUCCUUCAUCUCUACCAUCUCCUUAUUCCGCAACGGAAUCCGCAUCACCACCAAUGUCACCACCUUCGCCUACAACAUUACUGCACGCCAACAAUCCUUUUGCUGGCGAAUCCCCCUGCGCGGACAGUAGCGACCCUCAUUCCGCGAGUUCUCUUGCAGUGGCCAAGAUCAGGAGGGCGAGAGAGCGGGAGAGAGCGGACCGGCUGGAGCUUGAAGUUUCUGCACUGAAGGCGGAGCUGGCAGCAUCACGGGAGGAGACGCGCAUGAAGGUGGAGGAGUACGAGGCAGCCAUUGACGCCCUCAAGGCUUCGCUGGCCCGGCUGAUGCGAGAGCACGCAGAGGAGCUGGAACAGCUGCGGGCUCUGCUGGAAGAGGCAGCAUCUGCUGCCAAGGCCACCCUUGCAGACGAGGCAUCAAGCGUGGAGGGUGUCCAGCCUGACUGCGAGGAGGGCGGCAUGGGCGCUGCAGAUGCCAAGGAUAUGGCCGGAUGGCAUGGGGACGAGGCCGAUGGCAGAGGAUGUGAAGGACGCACAGGGGGAGAGGAUGUGGAGGAUGAGGAGGGGAAGGAGGGGAGCAGCAUGGUGGAGCGAGAGAAAGGUAGCAGGGAGACUGGCGCCGAUGUUCGUGUGGUGAGAGAAUGGAGUGAUGAUGGUAGCACGUGCAGCAGCAUGGAUGGCUGCAAAGUGGAAGCUCUCAGUGAGGCAGUGGUGCUGAUCCAAGGAUGCGAGCCAGCAGAAAAAGGCGAGGAGUGGACGAAGGCACAUGGGAGCGUGGAGUGGCUGCAGCAGCAGUUGCAGGAGAGCCAAGCACGAGUGGCAGAGUUAGAGCAAGAGGUGGUGGUGCUGGGAGAGCGGCUGCUGGAAGCCAGGAAGCGAGUGACAGCAGGCAUGGUGCAGAUGGAGAUGAUGAGCCUGGGAGGCGGAAGGACCAGACUCCAUACCUUGCCUGAUCUGGAUGCGCAUGCUGUGGAGACGCCUGACUGUGAUGAUGACUAUGAUGACGGUAGCACCUGUGAUGGUGCUGACAUUUUGUGCGUACAAGAAAUCGCAUCUGCCACCACUUCUGUUGCAACUGCUCGGGCUGACAUCUGUCUCUCCAUGGAUUCAGUCAGCAGCCAAGUGGAUAUCGAGGAGGACCACGUCUGCAGGACUGACGAUCAAGCCAAGGCUAUCAGAGCACAUGCUGCAGUGAGUUCUUCUGCGGAUGCCCAUGGCAGCAGUAGUUCGUUGGGACCCUGUGAAGCAGUAGAUGUGGGAGCUAGUGACAGCCUUGGAGAGACGGCGGAGGGUGAAGAGCCUGCCAGCGUCUUAACAGAGAGGAAGGUUCGGUUCAGAGAAUGUGUGGAGGUCUUUGGGAGUGAGGGCGAAUCCUUGGUCUGCACAGAACACAUGCUGCUCUCAGAGGAGGGAAGCUGGGACUGGCUUGACCGAAAACGGACGCGAGACAGGCAGAGCGAGUGGUGGCCCACUGGGCAGAGUGUGAGGGAGCAACGGAAGCUGACAGAAUCCGUCUCAGAUAACGGCUACGCCUGGCGGGAUUUAGAGACACAGUCUGAGCACGGAUACGACUGGGAGAUCGGGUACGCCACGAACGACAUGCUGGGGGAACAACGGAAUGGGCAGCAAGGGAAGCGGAGGGAGAUGCUGGUGGAGCAGAUGGAGGCUCAGGUGCAGUGUGUGGAGGAACGGCUGGGGGAGUACUGCUCCGACGUUGCAGGGCACAUGAAGGUGGACGUGCAGGCUCUGGCGCUCCAGCUGCUCUAUGGGAUGGAGAGCUGGCAAGGCUGGAAGAAGAAGAAGGGCUCAGCUGCGGUUCCAAUGGAGGCACGGGAUACACGUGCUUGUGCUGCGGUUUCUGGUGCAGACAGCGCAGCGGCUGCAAUUGAGAGCUGUGAUGAGGCUUGUACGGAGUCUGGGUUUGUCCCACGACCGCUAGAUGUGGUGGCAGCGUGUGUGAGCGAAGUCAUGUUUGAGGAUUUCGAGUGCGAUGGGUUCCAGAGAGCAGCAUACUGUGAAUUUGUGACUGAGAGCGAGAGGUGUGCUUGCAACUAUGACAGGUUCCUGGUGCAGCGCUGGAGGCGGGGGCCCAUGCAUCCUUUGAGGGAACCAAAGUUCGUGAGUUUUUGUGAGAGGAAGGCGGAGAGGGUUGCUGAUGUGCUGGUGGGGGCGAUGCUUGCUCUCUCACCGUUGCCUGAGAAGCAUGCCGUCAGCUUAUCCAGGAGUGAUAGCUCUGGCAGCAAUUCCACCAGCAGUAGCAGCAGCAGCAGUGACAGUUUCAGCAUGGAGGACAGCACAGACAGAGACUCCCCUCUUAGUGGAACCACAUGGGCGACAGACACCAUAUCCAGUGACGAGGCUUGCCAUAAUGGCAGCAACAGCUGCAACAGUGGCAACAGUGGUGGUGAUGGUGGCAUAGACACGAUACUCUGUGGCAGUGACAUUCUCUCAGAGAAGUUUGUGGCUCUUGCUCGAGCAGUAUGGGCACUUCAUGCUCUGGCAUGGGCUUUUUCAGAGCCCGCUCGUAUUUAUCGUCUUCAGCCGUUUUCACCCUUCAACUCAUCCUUCAUGAGGGCUGUGAACCGCGAGUGGAUUGUGCAUGGGGCGCUUCACAAGCAGCAUAUGGCGGCCUUUGCCAUUUUGCCAGCAUUCGUUGUUGGAGGUGUGGUUCUAUGUGGGAAGGUCAUUAUCACCGUUCAGGAGAAACACAGAUGGUUGGAGUGAGCCAGGAACACAUUAGCGUGUCAGCUGUUUGCGUAGAUGGGAUAGGGGGCUAGAAGUCUCAUCGCUGCAUGGUGCUGUGCCUCCUCCCCACAACCAAUUUAGUCGAAAGCUGCCUUUUGUGGCUUAGUAAGAAUGUUCAUGUUUCAGAUAAAUAAUAAGAAGGCACACACCUC